AUGCGUCCGCCAUGUUCCUGCAGACCAGGUGAUGAGCAAUGUCUUUGCAACAAGCCUUCUCCACCGGACACCUCGCCUCCGGACAAUGAGCCAACACCCAACCGUGACUGUAACUGUAGACCAGGUGAUGAGCAAUGCAUUUGCAAUAAGCUUUUUUCACAGGACAUUUCGACUCCGGAAAAUGAGCCACCGCCCAAUAGUGACUGUAGCUGUAGCCAAGGUGAUGAGCAAUGUCUUUGCAACAAGCCUUCUCCACCGGACACCUCGCCUCCGGACAAUGAGCCAACACCCAACCGUGACUGUAACUGUAGACCAGGUGAUGAACAAUGCCUUUGCAAUAAGCUUCUUUCACAGGACCUUUCGACUCCGGAAAAUGAGCCACCGCCCAGUAGUGACUGUAGCUGUAGCCCAGGCGAUGAGCAAUGCCUUUGUAACAAGACUCCUUCACAGUAUUUCCGGCCUCCAUCUCCUUACAACGAGCCACAAGAACAAAAUAACUGUGAGUGCAAUCAAGAAAAAGAAUAUGUCUGCACAUACGAAGGAGAAACCUACGAUAACGAGUGCAAAGCAAACUGCAAGUAA